CGCUUCUUAAUUUUUUUACUAUAUUUGUAUAUGUUUUCUAUAUUCAAUAUUUGCAAUGAUGCAACACGUACACAUAUUUAUAUAUUUUAUUCAGUUUUAUAUAAUACGAAGUGUGUUUAAAUAAAUAUUUAUUUACUCAUUAAUAUCUAUUUAUUUUGUCUCCUUCAAAGAAAUCUCACUUAUGUUAAACGUUAUUCCAACCUUCGUGGCACUUCAUGCGAUAGGCGUUCCGAUUUUUGUCUCCACAAUCGUGGUAAAGCUCUGUUCGUUAAUGGGUCUUUUCAAUUUUGUCAAUAGGCAAAAUUUGCAGUGGGCCAAGCACGAUGAAUAUGAUGGCUGAGGCAUGAUUACGUUGUUGUUUUUGACCAAAAAAUACGACGAAUCUUUUGGUUCAAAAUUUUGCAAUUUUGGAGAAAACUUUGCUGCCGAAAACAUCCGAAAAUGUUGCACGGCAUAAGCCAAUCGACAUGCCGAUGUCUUCAUCAAUUUCUCAAGGCGUGAUUUGACAAUUCUCCAUAACAAUUUUCUUUAUUGCUUCAACGCAUUCAUCGCUUAUUGACGUGCUGGGACGCUCAGGGCGCGCGUCGUCAUUAACAUCUUCUCGGCCUUCUGUGAAGACCUUAUAAUACUUAUAAACAUUUUUUUUUUGCUCGAACUAGACUUCCCAAAUGCCAAAUUCAACGUGUUAAGUAAGUUGGAGCGGUUUCAUUUUAUUUUUCACACAGAAUUUAAUCCAAAUUCUUUGAUUCAUUUUUUUUUCGAUAUCCAUAUAGUUCGAAAUCGCCAAGCACACCAAAAUACGUCUAACCUUUAUAUGCGUCAAAAACCAACUCAAAAUGCAGAAUUGGCUGAUAGUGUCAACAUUCGUUGAAGAGAUUUGUACCAAUAUAACAUUUCGAAAAUCGAAUUAUGAUUUCAUAUUCUGCUGAAUGAAUAUCAAACGGUCGGGGUAAUUUUAUUUCUAUUAUAAAAUGAGCGAGUUUUGGAAAAUUGCCGGAGCUAUAGUGCUACCCAAUGUAGGGGGGGUUAUAAAUGGUCGUGUGACUCGUAAAAAUCUAAAUCCCUGGUACAAAGGCUUAAAAUUUCCUUCAUAUCGUCCACCAAAUUGGAUUUUUCCACCAAUGUGGUCAUCACUGUAUAGUAGUAUGGGUUACGCUUCAUAUUUGGUGUGGAGAGAUGGUGGCGGUUUUUCCGGUGACGCUCAACUACCGCUAAUAGCUUAUGGUGCGCAAUUAGCUUUAAACUGGGCUUGGACACCAAUUUUUUUCGGUCAACACAAUAUUAAGGGGGGCCUUAUUAAUAUAAUUGCUUUGACAACAGCGGCCGCUACAUGUGGUGCACUCUUCUAUAAAGUAAACAAAAUUGCUGGCUAUCUUUUUAUUCCAUACAUUGCUUGGCUUAGCUUUGCCACUUUUUUAAAUUAUGACAUAUACAGAUUGAAUUGUUUGGAGAGUAAGGAAGAUACGAAAACUGAGAAACCCACUAAAGAGAAAUGAUGUAUUCGCCCAUCACGUCUUGGCGUUUUUAUCAUAAUGAAGUCGCCUUUCUUUGCGGUCAGAUUAAGUGUCAAAUCAAAUAAGUUUUUGUUUCAAAUUUAAAAUUAGUUUAAUGCUUAUUUACCUGUUUAAUGCUAGUAAAGGGUUGCCCAGAUAAAAAAAUAAAUAAAUAAAUAAAUAAAUAAAUAAAAUAAAAUAAAACCUCUCUUAUUAUUAUGCUGCGCAGUGUGCGAGGGUAUGUGCGAAUUUACUCGUUCCGAUAUCGAAUAUUUACUAAGAGGCUACGUAGAUUUGUUUAAUAUAGAUAUGCGUCAUCACCGUAAAUUGUGCGAACCAAAUUUAUUCAUAUCUGACGCUUCGUCGACCAAUUUGGACAUGAAAUCGGCCACUCAUUUAAUUGGGAAGAUAAUUUUAACACAUUAAAUUAAACGGAUCGUUACACGGCUCCUCUGAUUUUGAAUUCUCAUUAUUUCUGAAAACAAAGAUCGCCAAACCGUUACCAACCAAUUCAUGAUAUGAUUGCAUCUAAACUAUUUAUUGUUGUAAACAGAAAACCAAUCCCCCCUUAAUUCAUUUUAUGGUAUUAUUAUAGGUAUCAAUGACGAAAAUACCUUCAACUGUUUAUUAAUUUAUAAUGGCACUUUAAACACUAAUUGCAUAGCAUACGACUGAUGUCAUCGUCUACGUCAUAUCAUAAUAUGUGCAACGACUGCGUACAAUAAAAUCAAAAUUGCUAUUAAAUAGCACGUUAUGGAAAUUGGCUGCAACUGUAUCUCAUUUUCCUCAUUGAUAGGCAAGCAGGCUAGAAGCUACUCGUGCGUCAAUUAAAGACCAGCAAUAAAUUGUUUUCAAC